CAGGCCUUCUCUGAAACGCUACGUGAGAGUGAUGAGUGGAUAUUAUUUGCUUGCAAGGCAAUUGGAAUUUUUUAGAGGGAGGAAUAAAAUAGGACCCACUACAGACACUUUAGCUGAUGCUUUGGCAAUUGCUCAACAUCAUGAUGCAGUUACUGGCACCGAAAAGCAGCAUGUGGCUGAUGAUUACGCGACACGGUUGUCAAUAGGCUACAAGGAGUCUGAGGAGUUAGUUGCAGCUUCACUUGCUUGUAUGGUAGAAUCAACAUCUAAAUCUGGAUGCAGGAGUCCAUUGACUAAAUUUCAAUAGUGCCCGUUUCUGAAUAUAAGUUAUUGUCUUGCAACAGAAAUAAAUCUCUC